CUGCUCGGGGCCCUUCGCGAGCUGCCCAGGCCCGAGGGGCUGCAGAGACUGCUGCUCAUCAACAAUGCCGGCACUCUUGGGGAUGUUUCCAAAGGCUUCCUGAACCUCAGUGACCCCACUGAAGUGAACAGCUACUGGGCUCUGAACUUGACCUCCACGCUCUGCCUGACCUCUGGUGUUCUGAAGGCCUUUCCCGACAGUCCUGGCCUUAGCAGGACAGUUGUUAACAUCUCAUCCCUCUGUGCCCUGAAGCCCUUCAAGGGCUGGGCUUUGUACUGUGCAGGGAAGGCUGCCCGCGACAUGAUGUUCCAGGUCCUGGCCUCAGAGGAGCCUAGCGUGAGGGUGCUGAGUUAUGCCCCAGGUCCCCUGGACACAGACAUGCAACAAUUGGCCCGGGAGACUUCUGUGGACCCAGACUUGCGAAAAAGCCUGCAGGAGCUGAAGGCAAAGGGGCAGCUGGUGGACUGCAGAAUGUCAGCCCAGAAACUCCUGAGCUUGCUGCAAACAGACAUGUUCGAGUCGGGAGCCCAUGUGGACUUCUAUGAUAAAUAAGCCCAUGUCCUUGGCUUCCUGGGCCUUCCUAUUCUCACAUCCUGCCUCAGCCAACACUGCCUAUUACAGAUAAACCCUCAUGCCUACUGUUCUGCCUUCAUAUAUAGCCAGCUGGUACUGAGUGGCAUUACCAGCCAUCCAGAGUCUGGGUUAUGUAGCCGGGGUGAUGAGGCUUCUGUAGGAGGCUGGGAAAGCGAUUAUGGAAGUUGGUACUCUCUCUCCCUAAGAAUAGAAUUUUAGGGACGAGAAGAGCAGAAAAAGAGCAGUUGAAAUACUGAAGAGAAAGUUUGGGUCUCUUGGCUAUGGCCAAUCCAUGUGGGUGAGCGGGGAGAGAUCGGGUGUGAAAUAGGAGAACCCAUGUAGAUUCACGGGUGGCCUAGAGGGAAGGGUGGGGGGG